UAACUGCCAUAACCCAGAGUGACCCCUACUAAUUCUGAUUAGUCUGCAAAACUCAAUGAUUCGAUUGAAGUUCAUUUGAAAAUUCCACACAUUUCCUACGCUCGUAGGCGAUAUGGUUUUUUUCGCAAGCAGAGAUCCUAUGACGUUAUUCCCACUUUCAUUUUCAGCUGGAGAAACAUGCGAUCACCCGAGUGAUCAUCCGAGCGAUGGAACGAUUCACUUUUCCGCUCUAUUCAUGAUAAUCUUUGAUCUGCCCACAAGAGUAAGACCAAGUGAGACCGUUGAAAAUAGACCAUACUUUUUGUUGUCACUCUCGUUGCUUGGCGACCAUGACCAACCGUGAAGAGCACUAUUGAUUUUCCAUACGGAUUGUUUCCUGAUAACACACUGUGUGGCAAUUCUUUGGUGUGCAGUGUUUGGAAAAAAACAGAGAUUCCGCGAGAUGAAAGGAACAGUUAAGCCGGUGUUCUCUUUCAAUCUCAGUCACAAGACAGUGGAGAAGAAAGUGUGCAUUGGGAAGUACGAUGGAACUCACUCUUGCCUCACGGCUGUAACCAACACUGAUAAGAUUGUUAUCCAUAGUCCUCACAGACGAUCUGGCAUUGCCAACAGUCGAGUUUCCUGGUCGAAUGUUCAUCAUGACAUCGCAACCCUGACCCUGAGUCAGCAAAUCACAGCGAUUCAUUGUGGGAAAUUGAAUCUCAAUGAUGAAAAAGAGAUUCUGGUUAUCGGCAGUCCUACUCACAUCUUAGCCUACAAUAUUGAAGAGAACAUGGAUUUGUUCUACAAAGAAAUCCCCGAAGGAGUUCAGGCGCUCUGUAUUGGGACUUUAGGAACGAUUUCCGUGCCUGUUGUGGUCACAGCUGGUCAAGGAGGAGUCAGGGCAUUCGAUAGUACAGGUACAGAGCAGCUCUGGCUCAUCACCGGUUGCAAUUGCCUCACUUUAGUGCUCUUCGACGUGGACAAAGAUGGCCACAACGAGAUCCUAAUAGGUUCACAGGACUCAAUGAUAAAGAUUUACAAGCACGAUGCUCUUCUCUUUGAGUUCACCGAGAACGGGAUGAUCGUGGAAUUGAUGAAUUUAUUUCCAGGACCCGGACACUUUGCUUACGCUUGUGACAAUGGAACUGUUGGUGUUUAUGAGAAAAACCUCCGAUUAUGGAGGAUUAAGUCGAAACAUCGACCAACUUCCGUAAUUGAUUAUGAUUUCCUCGGCAUGGGCAACAGUCAGAUUUUGACUGGUUGGGACAAUGGCAAGAUGGACAUUAGAGACAUUUCUACAGGUGGAGUGCUCUUCAAAAUCUACCUCUCUGUGGGCAUAACGAAGCUCUUGAAGGGUGACUAUCGAGGAAUUGGAAAGACCGAUCUCAUCUGCUGCACUCUGGAUGGUGAGGUUCGUGGCUACACAACGUCCAAGAUCAACAUUGCAGCUAUUAACGUGAUGGAGCAGGAACAGAUCACCGAACUUUUCAACGUUAAGCACGCUCUCAUGCUGGAAUUGCAGCACUAUGAGAGCAAUCUCAAGUACAACAUGUCGUCAAAGAAUCAACAGCCCGAGGAGUUCAGCGAAACUCCAUCAGACAUCGGAAUCAUCCCGGCCAACACUCGCUUGCAAAUAGGCAUUGCAACGGACAUUGAGAAUAAAUCAUCACCGUCCAUUGAAAUAUCAAUUUGCACAAACAACUCCACAAUUAUUCGGGCUGUGAUUAUCUUCGCCGAAGGUCUCUUUACUGGUGAAACACUCAUUGUUCACCCACACAAAGUCAACGCAUCCAAGCUUUCAAUUCCGGUGAAAGCGCCCAAGGACAUACAAUUUGAUGUCCACAUAAAGGCAUUAAUUGGCUUCGCCAACAGUCAACAAUUUCAUGUAUUUGAACUGACUCGACAAUUACCAAAGUUCUCAAUGUACGCUCUGCCCAAAACCGUCACGGGAUCGCCAAAGUCCACAGAAUACAUCUCGUCACUCGCGAGACACUCUCCGAGUGGUGAGAAUUGCGUGGAAUUCAGGAUUGAUGAGAGAAUUCAACGGAUUUGCAUCUGGAUCAAUCAGAAUUUCCUCCUGCCAGCAGAUAUUGAGGCAAAUCCUCACAGUUCUGGCAAGGAUGCUCGCGGCGGAAGCUUGAAAUUGCACCUCAUCGCACUCAGAAAGCUCUCAGACAUCUGCAUGGAGUUCAAUGAGAACGGGAGUGUGAUUCUGCACACGGCAGAAAUGGAAUUGGCGGGAAAUUUCAUAAAAUCUCUCACAGAUUUUCUCGAUAUUGAUAACUUGAAGACAACUGCAAAGUUCCCACAUGUUACGAAGCAGCUGAAGGAGCUUUUUGCAAAGCUCAACGGUCUCCAAGAAACUCAACAUAAGCUCCUCGUGGAGCAAAAUGAGAAAAUAGCAGCAAUUAAGAAUGUAUCGGUGCGUCUCUCAGAUGCUCGCAUUCACGAUCAUAAACUAAUGCUAAAGUACAGCAAUGACUUGAUGACACUGCACGAAGAUCUCUUGACGAACUUUGUGAUUCGCCACAAAAAUGCCAAUGAAUUACAGUUGGCCAUCAGGACCAUCAAUGAACUCCUGCAGAAUGGGGCGAAGCUGAGAAUUGGUAAAUCCGCCGCUCAGGUCAUGAAACACUUCAAAGAGGCAGUGAAGAACAACAAUACCGAAACAAUUGUGAAGCUCUUUGAGACUGGAGACAUUUAGGCAUGCAAGAUAUUCUGGGAAUUGGCGAAUAGAGACACUGGAUAUGACUGCCUUUUUCUCAGCUCACUUCCGACCUUUCCCUUCGACCUC